CUGUCUGGGGUUCGAAUCACGCUUGGUCAGUGUGUUAUUGCGAUUGAAUUGCAUGGGCUGUUAGAGAGUUGCGAAUUCAAUCCCAAAGUCAAUACGGAAGGGCAGUUGGCGAUCAAAUUGGCCAUUUUUAUUACAGCGAAGAACACUAGAAGAAUGACCUGGACCAAUGAAUAUAGACGAGAACUAAGUUGGAUUGUGAGUCCCCUCCACGAGACUAUUCAUGAUCUGUACGUGAAACCUAUUCAAUCCAACUCGGCAGAUGACGACAAUGAUACUGCGCUUGAUUUUGCGCGGACAUAUCAGAAAACGCAACAGAACUUUGCAAUUGCACGGCUUAAAAAUUAUACGCCGGAACGAGGAGAGUUCACGAGGCUAAAGACGUGUAUAUUAAA